AUGAAUGAAGAUAUAGAUGAAGAUGUUGUAUAUGAAGAUAUAAAGAGUAAUAAUGAUAUAAUAGAUUUAAGUUCUGAUAAUGAAUUAAGUAGUUAUUCAUAUGAAAAUGAUGAAAACGAUGAGUUAGCUGAAUAUAAGAAAAAAGAAAUAUCAUUUUAUGUAAAAUUUUAUACAAAUAAAAGCAUUUACUGCAUUAAUUCAUUUAAAAAAUGGAUAUAUUUUGGUAGUAUAAAUAAUAAAUGUUACAUAUAUAAUAAUUUUGAUAACGAUUUAAAAUAUUUUGUUAAUACAAUUAAUUCAGAAAAAACCAAUGAAUAUAACUUUGAAAAAAAAGAUAAUUUGAAAAUAAAUCUGAAGAAUUUGAAAUAUCAGAGAUACAGUGAUACAGUAACAAACAUAAAAUUUUCAAAAAAUAAUAAAUAUGUUGCAAUAAGCAUAUAUAAUGGUGACAUAUAUAUAUAUGAAAAUAAUGACUAUAACAGAUCAGAGGUUUUAUUUUACAAUAUAAAUAAUAUAAAACAAAAUAUAAAUAAUAGUAAUAAUUUAUUAAAUAUAUAUAAUUGGAAUAUUGAAGAUAAAGAAAAAAAAGAAUACAUAAAUGAAGAAAUGAAAUUUAUUAAUAUUUUAAGUAUUAAUGAUUCAAUUAAUAAAAAAGACUUAGAAUAUUUUAUGUUUUGUCCAUUUAAUGAAAAUAUUAUUUUAAGUAUUUAUUUGAAUUCAACAAAUAUAUAUAUAUGGGAUAUAUUAGAAAGUAAUCCUAUAAAUAUUGUUCAUACUAAUAACAUUCCUACCUUUUUAAAUAUAUGCAAUUAUGAAAAUAGUUUUUAUCUAAUAGCUGGAUUUGAUAAUGGUGAAAGUUUUGUUUAUGAUUAUGACAUAUAUAAUAUAAAAAGGAGAAAUUCAAAUAAAAAUUUUGAAAAAAAAAAAAAAAUGGAAUAUACAGAAGUAAAUAAUUCUAAUAAAAUUAUAUUAUCUAAUAACACAUUAACAAAUAAUCAGUUGGAUAAUGUCAAUGAUGUAUUAUGUAUUGACAAUCAUAUAAUAAAUGAAAUAUAUAUAUCAACUUAUAAAAAUACUAUUAAAAUGUACAACAUAAAUAAUAAUAACAUUAUUAAUACAUAUAAUAACUUGCAUAAUGAUAUAAUAGAUUAUUGUCUAUUUAAUAAUAAAAAAAAUAAUUUAUUUGCAUCUUCAUCUUUAGAUAAUAAAAUAAAUAUUUAUGAUUUUCAACAUAAUAAAUAUAUUAAUCAAUUUGAUGUUAAUUAUCAUUUUAAUGAAUUAGACAAAAAUAAUAAAAUAGAAAAAGGUAUAAAUUUUUUGAAAUGGAUAAAUACAAAUUUAUUGUUAUUUUCUAGUUUAAAUGGGAAUAUAUAUAUUUAUGAUAUAAGAUUAAGAAAAUGCAUUCAUCAGUUUUAUUGUCAUACUGAUACUAUAUUUAAUGUAAAUUUAUCACUUCAUUUAUAUGAGAAUAAGAAUAUAUUAUCAGUAUUAACGGCAAGCGAUGAUAAUUCUUCUAAUAUACAUUUUUUUGAUAUUUCAUCCUUUAUUUGA